AUGGCAGGCUUUGGCUUGUGUGGCAUCCCCGAGAACUUGAUCGCCGCGCUGCUCAAGACCAAACAGAGCAAACUGACGGUCGUCAGCAACAAUGCCGGGGUCGAUGAUUUUGGUCUGGGGCUGUUGCUCAGGGCGCGACAGAUCAAGCGCAUGGUCGCCUCCUAUGUGGGCGAGAACGCAGAGUUUGAGCGGCAGUAUCUGAGCGGUGAACUGGAGGUCGAGCUCACUCCUCAGGGCACGCUGGCAGAGCGCAUCAGGGCGGGGGGUGCGGGCAUACCUGCCUUCUACACCCCUACAGGUUACGGCACCUUCGUGCAUGAGGGGCUCAACCCCAUCAAAGGCUGACGCUGCGCAAGACGUCGUCCACGGCGCCGGCCUCCGCGGGCGACAAGAUGCGCGAGGUGAUCGCCCGCCGCGCCGCCCUCGAGUUCCGGGACGGCAUGCAUGCCAACCUGGGCAUCGGCAUGCCCAUGCUGGCGUCCAACUACAUACCCCGCGGGGCCACGUGGACCUGACCAUCCUGGGGGCGAUGCAAGUGUCGCAGUACGGCGAUCUGGCCAACUGGAUGAUACCGGGCAAGCUGGUGAAGGGCAUGGGGGGCGCUAUGGACCUGGUCAGCGCCCCCGGCACGCGCGUCGUCGUCACCAUGGAGCACACGGCGAAGGGCGGCGCUAAGAAGAUCCUCGACACGUGCAGCCUGCCCCUCACUGGCAGGGGCGUGGUGAACACCAUCAUCACGGAGAUGGGGGUGUUCACCGUAGACCGGGACGCCGGUCUAACGCUCAUGGAGUUGGCCGAGGGCUACAAGGUCGACGACGUCAUCGCCGCCACGGAGCCCAUGUUCAGAGUCGGAAGACCCAUGGGCCAGAUCCCGGUGCUGGACUCUGAUGACUAGACCAGCCCUGACGAUGACUAGACCGACCUAUCCUAGAAGCUCUUUAUUAUGACUAGAACUUCUUAAACGCUUUACUUUAUGACUAGACCUCUCCUAGAAGCUCUAUAUUAUGACUAGACCUUUCCUAGAAGCUAUAUAUUAUGACUAGAACGCUCCUAAACUAGACGCUCUUAUGACUAGAAGUCACCUAGGCGUUCACUACACAGCUUUAUUCAGCAGCAUCAUAGUGUCCGAUGGACGUUUCUAUUUCCUUCACAUUUGCAGCUCAUUGUUUGACAUUACGCUCCUACCUGCUUAUAUUAACAAAUGUUUAGCUAAGUAAUGGAAUAAAUUUCUUGAUGUAUAUCGAAAUAGCGUCAGUUAUUACACUCGACUUUAAAUGGAAUACGUUUUAACUACUAGAGGCUUAGCCUGUAGUAACGAAUGCAUUGUAGGUUUCUUGUUACCUGAUGAAUUUAAGAACUAUGGCUUUAAUAAAUUGUUUUAUGUAA